GAUAUUGUCACUUGCCUACGAAGCUUGGCUACGUUGUUGCAGUGUAGCUGACAAGUCUCUUGCCUGUUUGCCUUCCACCGCGCACUUUACAUGAAUAUAUCACACUUCCGAAGCAUUAUAUCACACCCGAGUGAUGGUGGAAGGUGAAUCUCGGUCCAGGAAGAAAGUGUAUCCAGGCGUCUCUCCUUCACUCUCCGUUAUAACCUUCAAUGCUGCUGCGUAAACCGUCAGUCACCUUUUGACAGAAGUUUUAAAAGAUCAGAAUGAAUAAACCUGUAGGAAAGUUUCGCGACCAGGACAUUAACCCCUGCAUUGAGGAGAGUGACGCCUCUCAAAAGUGCAUGAACCACUACAACUAUGACAAGAACAUGUGCGGCGCAUACUUCCAAAAUUAUAAAAGAUGCAGAUCCUACUGGCACAAUAUAAUGCUGCAGAGGAGAAGAGAUGGAGUGAAGCCUGACAUGCCCACAGCAGCAGAAAGACAGGAGAUGCUUGCUCAGCUUGGUGGAAAACCUUACUGAGGAGUCAUCUGAGGACUGGCUUGACAGAGGUCUACCUCCACAACGGACUUGGCCAGACAUGCUGUCCCGACUUUUGUGUGUUGAAGGACUCACAGUGGGGUUGUGUAAUAUCUAUUAAUGUAACUGUGUUGUUAUGUAGCCCAUGAGACAGCAGUGAUUGCAACGACUGAGUGAUUAAAAGCAAAACAUGCAUUUGCCUGUUAAAGUUUCUUAGUAAUGAAGUUUAAUUUAUAAAAGGUGCUUUGUGCUGUUGUUAUAAGUUUAUAAAAGACAGUCACCUCCCACCGUUCUUUAGUUGCUUCCUGUACUUAUGCCAUUACCAAGUGAGUCUCCUCCACCGAAACCUACCUUGAUCAUCCUCGAGUCACCGCCUCUCCUCUUCAAGUUCUCGUUCCCUCCACACAUGAACCUCAUUGGUUGUUUCCACUUCUUCCAUCUCCCAUAUUCUUGGUUUGUCAUGUCUUCUCUGUCCAUCCAAACCAGGUGGCCUCUGAUACUGAGAUCUUCCUUGCAUACAUCUUAUCUUCAUCCUUGUCCGUGUACAGAGAAUUUCUUACCAUGUGAGCGGCCAAUCUGUGUUGACCAGUACUGACCGUGGACGCACCGCAUUUACCCACCUUACACCCAGAUCUGGCUUCUAUUGACGGUGUAAUGUCAUGUGUUUUGCUGAGAAGAUCAUGGCCCAGAACGACAUGGGGAAAUUCAACUGCUUUGAUAAUAUCGUGGGAGGCCUGGCAACGGAAUGCUGGGAGGUUUUUAACGAAACCGUCAUGUCUGUUAAAUAAACUGUUUUUUUAAAUAUGCAAUAUUAAUAUUAACGUUGGUUUUGAAUCUGAUUUUUGAGUAUAGUCGGAUUUGCAAAAUGCGUUAUGCAUGAGGAGACAAUGACAGCAUUAGCCCUCUUGGUGGCGCAAUAUCAAUUCUGGUGAGUGAUAGACGUUAGACGUAAGUAUUAACUCUCAAAAGUUAUUUUUAAAGUGAAAUAUAAUUUAUUUAGAAUUGAUAGAUUUUGUUGUUUUUUGUUUUUCAAUAAAUUUUUCGUUUUUUAAAUUACAAUUUAGCAUUAUUAAUCUCACACAUUUAAUUUGGUCAAACCUGCUUUCCUAUAUUUCUAUAUGUAUUCUUGUUUUGUAUUUUGCAUGUUUGUGCGGUUGUACUGUAAAUCUGUCGUCUAACAAAGCGGUGACGUCAUCGAGGUGACAUCAUCGUAAUGGUAAGGACAACGACUUCGUUUUAAUUGACAUGACGCUGAUGAAGGCCCAAAGCCGAGUCACGAGCUGGCAGUUGUGCAUGAUGGAAGUGUACUCUGAUAUGUGCAGGUCAUUCGGACUUCCUGUUUGGAUCGCAUCUGUGCUGCACGCUGCCAAACGUUUACACAGCGAUCACGCUCGGAGAAAAAAGGUGUACCGGAUUCUGCAGAGAAAAUUGGUGCACCAUGGGGUGGGCUUGAAAGACAGAGUUCAGGGUCAGCCCACCUAUGUUUAUCCCAAAGACUUGAAACUGCUGAUCCAUGCUGCGUUUCCGGAGAACAUCUGUGACUACCCUGACCCCAGCCACAGCAGGGUAGUUUACGUCACAGUGGAAGACCUUCACAAUAUCACGCUUGACUGAGCAUCUUCUCUGAUGGCUGUGGACAAAUGAUCAAGUUCUGUUUCAUGUGGUUCUAUGGCCUAAUAUGUUUCUGUUCCACCUACUGUAUAAUACAUUUUGAUGAAUAUGAAAGAGUAUAAUAAUUACAUAUCAUGUUCAUAUUAAUAAACGAGAGAAGAAAAGGAAAACACAUUUUCUGAUAAACAUAAAUAGGUAUUCAAUUAAUUUAAAACAGUGCUAUCAAAUGUUUU